CCUAAUCUGUAUAAAACAACACCCAAGGGGCCUAAAAGUAAUAAUGAGAAUAUAAUAAAUUAGCAAGAAAACCCCUUCAAAUUCCAUGAUAUACUCAUCUCACCAGUUCCCACCGACCGAGGACUGGUUCAAUAAGCGGCAAAACCACAAUGCUUUCGAUUUCAAAUUAGUUAUGUACACAGCAAAAUCAAUCCAGUUUCUUUUUCAUCUCCCUUUCAAAUUCCCCAGAAACCCUAAAUUCCUUUCCGUAACAAUCGGAAAAAUGUCGUCUUGGACAUGCUCCAAGUGCACCUUCAUCAACCCACCCUCCCGAAAUUCCAGCUGCGAAAUCUGCCAUUCCGCACAACCACAGCCGCUCCUGACGUCAUCAUCGUCGUCGUCGGAAUUGGGUAGUAAGUGGUCGUGCUCCUCCUGCACUUUCCUGAACCCUUAUCGCUCCACAAUCUGCGAAAUAUGCGGAACUAGGGCAUCCGCUUCGCUACUGUCGACUUUUGAAAUCGACGACGACGAUCUCGAUGAAGCUCAGUUGGGUUCUUCCGGCACCGUGUUUUUGCCCCUCCGACCGUUUAGCGGUGCCGAGAAAGGUAACAGAGCGAGCCCCGGCGGCGCCGGUGGUAAUAAUGGAGGCCGUUAUGGUGAGUUGAAGGGUAGUUUGGGAAAUAGAGAGAGAAAUGAUUUGGGUAAUGGCGGCAGUGGAGCGUCUGAUUCUGGAGGCGGAAGGGGGUUUUCUGCGGUGUUAAAGCCUUGCAGUAAUAAGAGGAAAGAUCGGUCGGAAAGUGAUGCCGGUGGUUCUUGCAGUAAUAAAGCUAUUGAAGUUAAGUCACAAGCCACAGGUGAAGCAAAUCGGUGCAAUGAAUCUAAAACGUGGAAAGUUUUGAGCUACAACGUUUGGUUCCGUGAAGAUCUUGAGAUGCAUAAACGGAUGAAAGCUCUCGGCGACCUUAUUGAACUGCACUCACCAGAUGUUAUCUGUUUUCAGGAGGUCACCCCCAGUUUCUAUGAAAUUUUCCGAAAAUCAAAUUGGUGGAAGGGUUACCGAUGCUCAAUUUCAAAUGGGAAGGCCUUUCCAGCGGCAUACUUCUGCAUGCAGCUAUGCAAACUGCCGGUAAAAUCGUACAGCUCUAAACCCUUCCACAAUUCCAUCAUGGCAAGAGAACUCUGCAUUGCAGAAGUUGAACUGCAGCCAAACACGGCGUUAGUUGUGGCCACAAGCCAUUUAGAAAGCCCUUGCCCAAGCCCUCCAUCAUGGGAUCAAAUGUUCAGCAAAGAACGCAUUUUUCAGGCAAACGAGGCCGUCAAAUUUCUCGACAAGAAUCAGAACGUAAUAUUCUGCGGUGAUAUGAAUUGGGAUGAUAAAUUAGACGGGCCUUUCCCAAAGCCCGAAGGAUGGUUAGAUGCAUGGACUGAACUAAGGCCUGGAGAAAUUGGAUACACAUACGACACAAAAUCGAACACUAUGCUGAGUGGCAACCGGGCCCUACAGAAAAGGCUCGAUCGAUUUAUUUGCAAAUUGAAGGAUUUCAAGAUUAGUAGAAUUGAAAUGAUUGGUAGAGACGCAAUUCCAGGGGUAUCGUAUACGAAGGAGAAGAAGGUCAAAGGGCUGGUUAAGGAGAUUGUGCUUCCUGUUCUUCCCAGUGAUCACUUUGGACUGCUGUUAACAAUCUCCCCCCCAGAGAUUUUGACUGAGUAAGAGUUCUCUCCACAGAGAAAAGUUCGUCACUUUUGUCCUUUUUAAAUGGCUUAUGCGUAAUUUUGUGUGUAGCAGAAUCGUUUUCGAAGAAGUUGGAAACUUCUGUUGGGCAUUUUUUUGUUAACAGUUUAUGUCAAGACUUUGUGGAGUAGGGUGAAAAUGGCUGGUUUUUUUUGAAA